UCUAUUUGUGUUCACAAAGCACAACGAUCAGAGAAGGGAUGGCAUAUGCGUACGCUGCUGUAACUUCACUCAUGGUGACGAUAGAGCGCCACUUACUUCAACCUCAUCCAACUCUCCUUCAGCACACAAAGCAGAUGGAAUCGCUGUACAAAAAGCUAGGUUAUUUGCAAGAAUUUCUGACGGGAUCUGAGAAGGAAUCUGGCAGAGGGGAAGCCAUAGCCACCAGAGGUUUGGAAGCAAAAAUUAGAGAUGUCGCCCUUGAAGCAGAGGACAUUAUUGAGCUUUAUCUGGUUAAUGAGAGUCCUAGUCAUGGGCUGUUGAGAAAGCUUUUUCACCAUCCAAAUUCAAUAGACAGUUUAGAGAUUAAGUUUCGUUGGAGUUUGCAGAAAGUGAUGAAACGCCUCAAUGCCAUCGAUAGAGGAUUGAUGAAAAUGAAGAGCAGGAGAAGUAGAGGGAUGAUUAUGAGAGAAGUGGAAAGGAGAAACAGUUUACCAAAAGGUUCAUCAAAUUCAAAACCACGUGCGAGAAAGCCAUCGAGACAAUCUUCAAAGUUCAGUGUUAUGAUUGGACAUGAUUAUGAACUGGGUAUGGUGAAAAAUCAGCUCACCAGACACUCAUCUAAGAAGCUAGAGAUUCUUUCAAUCUUUGGCAUGGGUGGGCUAGGUAAGACAACUUUUUGUUCAAGUGUUUAUGAUGAUCCUGUGAUUAUGUCUCAUUUUGAUGAUAAACGCGCAUGGAUCACUGUGUCUCAAGAGUACACUAUUGGGGAAAUCUUGCUAGGCCUUCUUCGCUGUAUUGUUGCAUUAACCCAUGAUGAAAUCAAGAGACAAAAUCAGGGAGAACUAGCCGAAAGAUUGUACAAAAGUUUGAAGGGCAAUAGAUACUUAAUUGUCCUGGAUGAUGUCUGGACUACUAAGGCCUGGGAUGACCUGAAAAGAUAUUUCCCAGAUGAUGAAAAUGGUAGCCGGAUUAUGUUGACCACUAGACUAAAAGAAGUGGCAACUUAUGCUAGUUCAAGUAAGCCCCCUCACCAAUUGCGCUUUCUUAAUGCGGAUGAAAGUUGGAAUCUGUUCAAUGAGAGAGUGUUUUCUUGGGAAGAUUUUCCUCCCGAGUUUGUGAAAAUCGGUAAGGAUGUUGCCAAGAAAUGCCAAGGGUUACCACUGGCAAUCGUUGUGGUUGCUAGCCUUUUAUCGAAACUAGACAGGAGAUUGGAUGAAUGGGAGAAGGUUGCUGGGACUAUAAAUUCACUUCUAAAACUGGAUGUGGAUCAACAAUGUGCAGGAAUACUGUCCUUAAGUUACAACCAUUUGCCUUAUUUCUUGAAAGCCUGCUUUUUAUAUUUUGCAGUUUUUCCUGAAGACAGUGAGAUUCCUGUAAAGAAAUUGAUCCGACUAUGGAGCGCAGAGGGGUUCUUAAAGGUGGAUGGGGAUAAGACGGGGGAAGAAGUGGCUGAGGAGUGUUUGGUUGAUCUUGUUGAUAGGAGUCUUGUGCUGGUGAGAAAGCAAAGUUUGAGUGGUGAAAUCAAAACAUGUAAAGUCCAUGAUCUCUUGUUUGCGUUCUGCUUGACGAAAUCAAGAAAUGAGAACUUUGCUUUUGUUCAGAGUGAGCAUAGCAAUGCAGGUUUCCCAUUCCAGCCCUCACAAAAAGUUCACAGAAGGAUUAGUCUCCAAGCGCGUACUAGUGACAAUGUUGAUGACCUUUAUUUCGAUCCGAAUACUUUGAAGGUAGCUCGUUCCAUUUUGUUUUUUGAUGGUGGCUUUCUGCUCUUUAUGUUUCGCAAGCUAGAGCAUUCACAUCUCAAACUGCUUAGAGUUCUAGACCUCCCUGUAGAUAGACUCAUUGCUUUACCUCGAGCAAUAGUAGGUCUAGUUAAUCUCAGAUACCUAGCUUUCACCACUGGCCAUAAGUUUCCCCUUCCCAUUACAAUUUCCAAGCUCCAUAAUCUACAAACACUUCAUAUCAGGACUCCCCCAAGAGAAUAUGUAAGUUUACCAAAUACAAUAUGGAAUAUGCCACAACUAAGGCAUCUCCUUGUCAGGUGUUACUUAAGUGAUCCUCUUCAAAGUGCAGAGAUUGAUGGAAAGGAACAACGCGUGGCUCUUGAAAAUCUGCAGACAUUUUCUGGGUUGCGUCCAUUGUCUUGCACAAAGGAAGUGCUUCAACAAAUUCCGAAUAUAAAGAAGUUGGAGAUUUUCUGUACCCAAGAUGAUUACAAUUGUUGUAGAGCAAGGAAGAAUUGGUUUGAUAAUCUUGCCUGUUUGAAUCGGGUAGAGACUUUAAGUUUUGUAGUUGAAGGAGAUGCCUUUCGUCCAAAGCUUUCGUCUUUUCCAUCAAGUAUCAAGAAGUUGACACUUAGUAACACAUUUUUGCCAUGGAAGGAUAUGGACACUAUUGGUAUGUUGCCUAACCUUGAGGUACUCAAGGCCAAAGAUAAAGCAUUUCAGGGCCCAGAAUGGGAACCAGCUGAGCAAGGGUUUCGUCGACUAAAAUUCUUACUACUUGGAGAGACAAAUCUCCGGCAUUGGAAAGCCACUGCAGAUCACUUCCCAUGCCUCGAACACUUGACUCUAAGGAGCUGCAAUCGCUUGCUAAAGAUUCCCAACGCCUUUGUAGACAUUGACACACUGCAGCUAAUCGUGUUACACGAGUGUAGAGACACUGCUGUGGCUUCUGCUCAACAGAUUCAACAAAAGCGACUAGAAGAAUAUGGAGACGAUGGGCUCGAUGUCCAUGUCUACAGGGGUCCUCCAUUGAAUCACAGCAUUCAUCUCGCCUGGGAAAGCCUUGAUACUGAAACACCAAUUGAAAAAGCAGACUCCUUUCUUUCGCCUGUUAUUGAAGCAAAUGUGGGGUUCCAAACGGAAAAAGGUCAAGAAGCAGACUCCUUUCUUUCUUUUGCCUGUUUCUCAUUAUUAUGACUUCCCAUCAAAUAUCUAAUGAGCUAACUUUUUUCUUCAUUUUCAUAAGUUUAUUUUGAAGGUAAUAAAAGAAUUGUUGAGCCAAAAUUGGCAUUAUUCAGUAUUAUCAUUUGUGUUUUCUGUACACAUAUAUUUGUUACUGCUGUAAAUAAGUGAUGAGGAAUGGACAUACAGUUCUUGAAUAAUGAAAAUGUGGGGGCUGAUAAUAUAAAACUACGCGUCAGGUAGGGGUCGAACCUACGACUUUCUGCUUAGGAAACAGACGCUCUAUCCACUGAGCUACAGACGCUUCUCGUUAAAUGGUUCUCGUUAUACCUAUAACAGCUAGCAAAUAUAUAUGGGGUGUUCAAUAGCUGUUUGCAUCAACUUCGCAGCCAUUAGAGAAUGCUAAUUCUACAAAGGUCCAAGAUGAGCUUGAGAAUUUGAAGGUUUUUAUGAUUUUUAUGCAACAAAGAUUAAAU